AUGCGCGAUUUUCGAUGUAAACAAAAGUAAGCCAACAACUUUCCACAUAACCUCUCACGUUUGAACUAAGAAAUCAUGUCAGCAACAUUGGGAGAAAAACGAUCGAAAUAUUAAACUUUACGUGUAAAUAAAUAUGAAAAAAUAUACGUGACGACAUCUCAAAGUAAAACAAUGCCGACUGUCAUUGUCUUAGACGUUUCGCUGUCUAUGAGACGUCCUGUCACCGGUUUUGCCAGUAACGAUGCUUUAGCUAGUGAACAACAAUCAACGAGGCAUUCUCUUGCAGUCCAUGGGAUCAAUUUGUUACUUAAUUAUCUCCAGGCUAAUUCGAAACUUGAGUUUGUUGCAUUAGUCGUGUUCUCGUCGUUGUACGAAGUAGUAUGUCCUUUCACUCGAGAUUACGACGCAAUAAGAGUAAAGCUCCAGAAUAUAGAAGAAUGUGACAAAACAUGUAUAGAAACAGCACUGCACGGCGUAAACAAUGUGAUCAUGGCUGAAUGGGGCAACUCCACCGCUUGUCAAGUUGUUCUCAUAACAGACGGCAACCCUGGAAUUGGGCCCAUGUCUCUGAGCGAUUCGUUGAAUUCUCUCAACGUUGGACGUGAAGCCAAUCCAUUUCCUCUGCCAUUCCCAUAUCCAGGAAAAUUGACAAUUGUAUGCAUCGCCAAUCCUCAAGAUCCUGGAUUAGAAUACGGGUUACCGUUGUACCAGCGUCUCGCUGAGCUUGCUGGUGGUGAGAGCGGAGUCAUCGUACCUGAGGGACAUCUCUCCAAGAGCUCGAUAACAAACUGUUUCCAAAAACUGGCAGAAUCCAAUUACGUGCCUUUCCAAGGAUAUUUGAAAUGUGGUAAUUUGGGGUCUCGCGUGCUUUUGUCACCUCCACCAAUACCGUACACGAAAAAGGCCGAUUUCGCUUUACUACCGAAUCUGACGAUAUCAAAAACUCUAGAAAUUUGUGGUUUCAUAUCAGUCGUUGAUGUUGGAAGUCCGAGUGCAAUUUCAAGGCAUUUGAUAUUGCCAUUACCUACAGAAAAGACUCCGAGUAUGCAGGGAGUUUCUUUGGACGAGGAUUCGGAAAACGAGGACAAUGGUGACGAGGGAAAAUUAGCGUCGUUCUGCGUUUUGUUACACGGAGCUCUCAAGGUCGAAAAUAUGGCGGCUCUUUGUCUUUUGAACGACGAUUGGUACGGUUUUAUAUACUCGUGGGCCGAUACGAAGAAGAAAUCGAAUUUGAUGCUGACCGUGCUUGACCAAGGCCUCGACGUUGUUCCCUGGCUCGGUAAUUUCAAUCAUCUCGGACCGAUCGAUGGUAUCGUUAACAAAGUCGGCGAAUGUAGCUUCCCUGUUAAACCAACCGAGAAACGCAGUUACUCACAAAAUGCACCAUCCUGGAUUCGCCAAGUCGGACUGCAAUCUGACAUACAAAAAAUUCUUAGGCACGCAAGGAAAUUACCGGAAAAGACACAGAACUUUUACAAGGAAUUGAACAGAUUGCGACGCGCAGCUCUAUCGAUGGGUUUCGUCGAGCUUCUAGAAGGUUUGGCAUCGAUAUUCGAGAGAGAAUGUACCCUAUUGCCGCCGAACUUGCACCUCGAUUGUGCCAUUCAAAUGGGUCACGUUGCGGAAAUGCUUCGCAAGCCUUAUUCUCGUGAGCUGAAAAACAACAUAACGCCAGUGAGAACGAAGUUUCAUCCCGGCGAUCAAUAGACGGGGAAAGAUAAUUGGCAAAAUAAAAAUAUUUGCAUCCGGCGAAAUCAUCGAGUUUUGAGGGAGAAGAGAGGAAAGGAUCGAAUAAAUCACUCGUACAAAAAAAAA